UAAGCUGCACAAGACACUUAAUUUCCUCAGCACCAUCGAACUCCAAACAAGCAAAACAAAAUGCUUCCAAUCUUUUCAAUUUCUUCUCUUUAUCUUUUCCUUGUGCUAUCAACUUCAUGGGCACAUCCUCCACCUUCAACACAAGAAAAUUUCAUCCAGUGCCUCUCACAUUAUUCUAACACUUCCAUUCCAUUCUCUUCAGACUUUCUCACUCCAAAAAAUUCUAGCUUCACUGCUGUCCUUGAAUCAUCUGCACAAAACCUCCGGUACUUGGUCUCUUCAGUGCCAAAGCCGGAUUUUAUUUUCACACCGGUGCAUGAUUCUCAUGUGCAAGCCGCUGUUAUUUGCGCGAAAAAGCUUCGAAUCCAUCUCAGGUUCCGAAGUGGAGGCCAUGAUUAUGAAGGCCUCUCCUAUGUCUCCCAAAUCGAAACACCUUUCGCUGUUGUUGACCUUGCCAACCUUCGAUCCGUCAGUGUUGAUAUUAAAUCCAACACUGCAUGGGUUCAAGCUGGUGCCACCAUUGGUGAACUCUACUACCGAAUUGCAGAGAAAAGCCAAACUCAUGGUUAUCCUGCCGGGAUCUGCACGAGUCUAGGCGUUGGUGGGCACAUAACUGGAGGUGCCUAUGGUUCCAUGAUGAGAAAAUAUGGCCUUGGUGCUGAUAACGUCGUUGAUGCACGAAUCAUAGACUCUAAUGGGAAAAUUCUUGAUCGGAAAACAAUGGGGGAGGACUUAUUUUGGGCAAUAAGAGGAGGUGGAGGAGCAAGCUUUGGAAUCAUCCUUUGGUGGAAGAUAAAGUUAGUUCCAGUUCCACAAAAUGUGACAGUUUUUUCAGUUGCGAAGACCUUGGAACAAGGUGCCACAAAGUUCCUCCAUAGAUGGCAACAAGUAGCUCCAUUUGUUGAUGAAGAUCUCUUUAUCAGAGUUUUCAUACAAGUAUCAAAUGAUAGCAAAACGGGCAACAAAACUAUCACAACUGUUUACCAAGCUCAAUUUCUUGGAGAUUCUAAAAUAUUACUUAAUGUUAUGCAAAAAAGCUUCCCUGAAUUGGGUUUGACAAGAAAUGAUUGUACUGAAACAAGUUGGAUCAAAUCGGUACUAUAUAUAGCAGGGUACCCAAGUGGAACUCCUACUGAGAUUUUGCUACAAGGAAAAGCUACCCUACCCAAGAUCUACUUCAAAGCCAAGUCAGACUUCGUCAAGGACCCGAUUCCAGAAAUUACGCUCGAGGGGCUAUGGAAGAGGCUGCUGCAAGAAACCUCUCCAGUGAUGAUUUUGAAUCCGUAUGGCGGAAUGAUGAGCAGGAUUUCUGAAAGCGCAAUACCUUUUCCCCAUAGAAAUGUUCUCUUCAAAAUUCAGUACUUGACUGUAUGGCAGGCUGGAGAUGAGGCAGAGCACAUGGAAUGGAUUAGGAAGCUUUACAGUUACAUGGCUCCUUAUGUCACAAUGUUUCCAAGGCAGGCAUAUGUGAAUUAUAGGGAUCUUGAUUUGGGGACUAAUAAAAAGAGCAGUACAAACUUUAUUGAAGCAAAUUCUUGGGGUUACAGGUACUUCAAGGACAAUUUUAAUAGAUUGGUGAAAGUUAAGACCAAAAUUGAUCCUGAUAACUUCUUCAGGCAUGAACAAAGCAUCCCACCUCUUCCACAAACUCAAGGCCAUAUAUAGAUGGCUAGGAGCCUCGAUAUGGUGUUUGCAGAAGCUUAAGGGUUUCGUUGCUAUGAUCUGUGUGCUCUGUAUAUGCUUCUGUUUAGCCAAUUAUACAUUGGAAUAAAAUUUCAGAGAAGUCUAUUUGCCCU